GAUCGAGAUUACAAAAAAAAGUCAAAAAAUUAAGUGACAAGAAUCGUGGUCAGCCAAAAAAUUUGGCUGAAACCAAGGCUCUUUAUGAUGAAUUAUUACAACUAGAUCCAAAUGCAUAUUUCCAACCUGCAACAGAAAAAGAAAAGUGUAAAGAGCAAAAAUUCUUUGAUGAAUCUGAAAUCGAGAAAGCAAAUCUUCAGCAUGACCCAUCUCUAAUGGUACAGCCAGAAAUCGAUCCCGAAGCUGGUCCAGGUCCUCGAACCCAAGCUCAUCGUGAAAGUAGACUUACUGAAUCAGAAGAAAUAGUAACUCAGACACAAAGUGUCCUGCUCCACAGACAAAUACUAUCAGAUAAUAUAGAAUUGCAACCUGUUCAAGAAUUGCUUAAUCACAAAGAUAAAUUUCUAGAUUUAGAUAUAGAAGUACUAUGGCUAGUCCUAUAUCCCGAUAACAAAGAACAUCAUGUAAUAUGGCAAAAUGGAAUUCGGACUGCAAAAGAUAGAUUCAAGGUAGAUAGAGCUGAAUAUGCUUUUUCAACCUGGUUUACAAAAGCUAAAAAGAUAGAUCUGGCCAGUAUAAUAUUAAGAGCAGAAAAUGAAGAUAAAGCUAUGCAGAAGGUGUUUUUACAAUGCCUAUUUCAGAAUUAUUCAGAAGAA